AUGGAGGACGACGGUCAAUUCGAUGAUGCCUCGGAAGAGCAACAACAAGAAGAAGCAGAACAACAAGAAGAAGCAGAGCCCAUUCCUAACAACAGCAUCACCAAAAAACGAGACAGUGCAACUCGUCGGAGCAUUCCUACGCAAAAUAGAACGAGCAAAAAGCCGCGAACCGAACAACUUUCGUAUGAUUGGUGGAAAAAUCUGGAAUUGUUGAAAGCGUGCCAAGAGAAAAAGGGUCCUUCGGAUGUGCUGACGGCGUGGUUUUCCGAGCAAUGGAAGAAUCGACAAUUUUUGAGUGCGGACAAGCAACAGGCAUUGGAAGACUUUGUGAAAGUCGAACACUCAAAACAACAACAACAACAACAACAACAACAACCAAUUGUUGUCAAGAAGAAAUCGCGCAAGGUGGUUAGUACAAAAGUUAUUGUGGCCCAUCGCAAGACGCGCACAUGGUGGGAAUGUUUUGAUUUGUUGAAAGAAUUCAAAGCGAAAAAUGGCCAUUGCAAAGUCCCCGUCCGACACGACGAAGCAUUGAAUGCGUGGGUCCGCGUCCAACGUCGAAAACGGCAUUCUCUGGAUGGCGCCAAAUGGCAAGCACUGGAAGAUCUCGGCUUUAUUUGGGACAAGGGAAACAAUCCGUGGACCGAAGUAGUAUUUCAAGAAGUCCUAGAAAAAAAACAAGAAUUUGAAACAUCCACAGGUGCAGGAGGAGGAGAGGAUGCCUUUAGUGAAUAUUUGGGGCCCAAAACAAGACUGCAUCGAUGGUUUGCAGCGCAAUUAGGAAGACUAAAGGAAGGAGCCCUGACAGAAGAUCAGGAAACCAGAUUGGAAUCGUUUCUAUCCAGUCUCUCCUCCUCCACAAAAGGAAAAUCAUGA